AUGAACCUGAUUCAGGAAUAUGUGUUGCGACAAGAGGUCACAACACAAAGGAGCCAGGACACUCUAAAUAAUAUGACAGCCAUGAUGCAAUGGCUGGUCAAUAGGCAGUUCAGAAAGGACCGUGAGGCUGCCAUGGCCAAAAUUCCAAAUCCGGAUGCUGUAGUCCAGCAGCUAGACCUUCCCUAUGGUCCCCCACCAGGAUUGGCAUGGCCAUAUCAAGAGAAUCCUCUUAUUGCGCAGAUAGCUGGGAUGCCAGAACGUGAGGAAAUUCAGACUGGACAGAGGGGAGGAGCCCUUCCCGUCCAAGAACGUGAGGCCCCAGCUCCGCCAAAAGGCCCUGCACCAGUUCAGAUGCAACAGAACCAGCCAGAACCUCACCCUAUUCCACAGGAUCAACCUUUGGCACUUCUGCCUGAGCCACCAACAGUGUUGCCUUAUAGACCCAGAAGAAUGGAUCCCAAUCCAUUCCCUCCACAUGCAAGAGGCAGAAGAGGCAAAAGAGGCGGAAGGGGUAAUAACCUUUUUGCCAACAAUGACAGGAACAGGCUGGGGGCAAACUGGAGGAAUAAUCCAGAUUUGGAAGAACCAGAAGAACAUAGGGAGGAAGUUCUGCCCAGGCCAUACAGAGCGGAGCCCAUGAUUUAUCAUGCCCAGCCAGAACAGGGGCGAAAUCACCACCCUGUCAAUGCUCUGAAUGACGUGGGGGCAUUAUAA